CUUGACCUUCGAAAUCCAACUCUCCCUCUCCUUACAAGGCUCUCCCAAUCAAAACCAGCUGACUACUCAGAAAGAAUUCCGGCCAUCUCAAGCUCAUUUAUUUUUUUCCAGGGUUCUUGACUGGUUCCCAGGUCGGCUUCAGCUUCAGUAGCAGCUAGUGGAAUGGUAAUUCGGCUCAAUCUUCAAUUUAGCUUCGUCUUCCUUUCCAAUUGCUGAUUUCAAUGCUCAAUUUCGCCUUUUGCUGCUGCUUACUUUCUCUGCUUGUCUGCAAGUGCCCUGUUUGGUUGCUGGGAAAGUCCUUGAUUGGCUAAUUGAGGGUUCCUUUUUUCCUGGACAAAGGGGUUUGUCGUUUUCUCCUCUAUUCUUCUUCCUUUCUUUCGGGGUCUUGGGAGUUAGUUUGCUUGAGUGAUGAAUGGAUCGAAAUUCGAAUUCUCGGUUUCUUUUUGUGAUAUUAGUCUUUGAAGUGUAUGUAGUGGGAAUUCAGUCUGAGAGGAUAAAAUGGAGUGGAAGGAAGAGAAAAAAGUGAGCUCGUAGCUUUGCUUUCUUCAGAGCUUUACUUGUGGUUUGGAACUUAAUUUGGAAGAGACUUUACUCACAAUUCAUUUGAAGCACAGCUUCGUUUUCUAUCCACAACUUGCCCUCACGUUAAAAGGGAAGGAAAAGUGAUGAAUUCUGUUGUAUUUAACUGGGGUUCCCCUUCUCCAACAGAUUGUUUCCAUCAUCUAGCUGUCCAUCCUUUUACCUGAGCUGUCCAUCCUCCACUUGGAAUGUUUUGGUUGGAUCCAAUUUCCUCCCUCGCUUUCACAUUUUACUUUUGAAUGGUUCAUGCACGAAGGGGAUGGUGGGAAAAUCACACCUCCCCACUUUUCCUAGAACUGGAAAGGCAAUGUUAAAUGUCAAGUUUCAGACUUUCCACGUGAUUGUCUAACCCUCUUCCCUUGAUUGUCCUUCUCUCCAUCUGUCACUUUUGUCUUUAAGAAAGACAAGUUGAUUCCUUUUUUCCUUUCCUUUUCAGGGUGAAAAUUGUUAGGAGUUAACCCAUCAGGGAAGGUCAGCUGACCUACUUACUCUCGUCAAUUACCCUUCCUAGUGAUGGUUAUGAUUAUGAGAUGAAAGAAACAUGUCAUCUGUGUUUAUUGUUUACUGUUUACAUGUCUUUGAACAGAUUUUCGGAGCCGUUGAAUUGGUAGAGCGAGCCUGCCAGAGUGCUGUGGACUCUGCUCGUGAGUAACCUGCUAGUUAAUGGUUUAUUAUUUGGGGCAUUAAGGCCUUAAAUAUACUUCCUUUUAUGUUAUGCUCAUUGGUUAAUAGCUACUCCUUGUUAUGUCUCUGGAAAAUGUCUGCUGUACAAUGUUCUUGAGCCACCUCUACUUUUCCUUUUGGCUUAAAUGUUUGUUCAAAUAAGCUCAGGGCCUUAUUCUUUGUUGUGCUGGUGGUUUUUUCUUGUUUGGAGAAGUGUGUACAGUAAUCUUCAGGAUAUGGGAUGCAUAGUGUCUACACCUAAGGAUUCUGGUGGAAACAGGAGGAGACCAGCAAGUAUAGGAGAGCUUUCUGUCUAUGUUCCGGGGUUUCGAAUACCUAAACCCGUUGAUUUCUCUCAGGCUCUUGGUGACCACCUGUCGAAGAACUUAGUUGAAAGACUCUCUGCUCUAAGAACCCGGAUUGUGGUUAUGGCAGGCCAAGAAGCACCGACUGUCACUAGAACUCGAAGGAGAAGUGCUACACAACAUGGUGGUUCAACGUUGGCUGAUCUUCAUCAGGCUCUUGAAGAAUACUUGCCUGUUCUUUUGGGUUUGGUGAAAGAUGGUAGCCAACUACAACACAAUAUCCAAUUUGUGUGGGUAAAUCAAGAGGAUGAGGCAGAGGAAACGGCAAUGUCAAAUGCAUGGUAUGAGGUACUGUCUGUUUUGCACUUGAUGGCAGUUCUAUCAUUAUCACAGGCAAACUUGUUACUUCUCCCAAGAACAUCGGCUGAUGGUUAUCAGCCAAAAGUAUCAGAAGAAAGCAGGCGGGCAUCUGUUGACAUAUUAUUGAAGGCCGCUGGGUACUUGGAUUGUGCAGUUAGGCAUGUUCUUCCACAUUUACCAGCUGCCCUGAGGAGGGACUUGCCAGUCGACCUUGCUGAAGGAGUUCUUCGAGCACUUUGUCUGCAGGCCUUGGGGCAGACCGUUGAUAUCCAACUUGGGAUGGCAAUUGAUAGUGCCAAAGCCACACUUGCAGUGAAACGGAGGCUUGCUUGUGAGAUGGUUAAGUACUGGCAGCAGGCUCAAGAUAACAUAAUGAAUCUUCCGCUAGCAAAUGGUUGGGGAGAAAAGCACCGACUUUUCAUUAAGUGGAAAUAUGUGGAAGCAAGGGCUGGUGCAUAUUAUUACCAUGGCUUGAUCCUGGAUGAAGGCAACACUGAAAAAUCUCAUGGGAUGGCGGUAGCUGCAUUGCAAGCUGCAGAUGAAUACUUUAAAGAAAGUAAAAGGGCAUGCGAGGCAUUCAAUGCAGCCACUCCCACGUCCAGAAAUCCACCAUUUUGGGGAACUAUGAAGUACCUGUCAGAGAAAAUUCCCAGAGAUACUUCCAGCAAAGUGCGGAUAAAUCGUGAUCUCUACUCGCACGAAAAGAUCAUGGAAACGGCGCCUACUUUGCCAGAUUUUGCGUUAGCCCUGAAACCUGACGACUAUCAGCUUCCUGCAGUUGAUCACUCAUGGAACGACGAAAACAACAGAGGGCCGGUGGCAACAAAUGCCAACCAACUCAAUAGCUGAAGGAAGAUAAGAGGCCUAUAUAAUACAUUUCCAGGAAACAUGCGUAUUCUUCAGGAGUAAAAACGUCCAACUAAUUCCAACAGGGGAACGGCCAUUGAAAAAACAGGGGCAAUCCAAUUCUUCCAACAUUAUGGACGGCACAAAAGGGACAAAAUCGAUGGUCUCAUUGUUCUUUCUCCAUUUAAGUUGUCGACCAAAAUUUGUUUGUUGAAGUCUCUGUUGUGUGUAAAUUAGGUCUCUUCUUUCUGCUGAUAAAAGAAUAUACUUGGUGUUCUUAUGCAAAUGGAAUGGAGCUAUCCUCGCCUUCCCACCAAAAAUUCUCCUGCGUGUAAAACUGAAAUCAGGGCAAUAAGAGUUCAUUUCCUUUUUCCUACAUUGUCGAUCAGAUAUACAUGACUCUACAAGGAAAUCAGCAUUGUAAGUAUUCUAGUUUUGGCAUCUCAUAUCACAGCUACACCGGACCAUUCGAUUGUGAAUUGGGUGGAAGGAAGAUGAUUCUGUUCUAAUCCUCUUCGGUGGUUUCAGCUGCCUGCCCCUCCUUUUCUUGUUCCUCUACAAAAAGUGAAAUGGGAGUCGAACUUCAGAAGAGCAACUAAUAUGGGAGUAAAACUUUUUGAACUAA